AUGAAUAACGAUAAAGUAAUUUUAGUUACUGGUGGGAGUGGACUUGUAGGUAAAGCCAUUGAAUGGGUAAUUAAUAAUGAUAAAGGAAAGUUUGGUUCGAAGGAAAAAGAAAAAUGGAUAUUUAUUAAUAGUAAAGACGGAGAUUUAAGGUCAAUGGAAGCUACACACGCCAUCUUUCAAAAAUAUAAGCCAACUCACGUGAUACAUCUGGCGGCUUUGGUUGGAGGACUUUUUAAAAAUAUGAAAUAUAAAUUAGAUUUCUUGAGAGAUAAUAUAUUAAUUAAUGAUAAUAUAUUACAUUCCGCUCACCAAUAUAAGGUUGAAAAAGUUGUAUCAUGUCUUUCUACUUGUAUCUUUCCUGACAAGACAACUUAUCCAAUUGAUGAAACUAUGAUUCAUAAUGGUCCUCCACAUGAAUCUAAUUUUGGUUACGCUCACGCUAAACGUUUAAUUGAUAUUCAAAAUAAAGCGUAUAAUGACCAAUUUGGUGAUAAGUAUACUUCCAUCAUUCCAACUAAUGUCUUUGGUCCUCAUGAUAAUUAUGAUUUGCAAGAUUCGCACGUUAUUCCUGGUUUACUUCAUAAGUGUUAUCUCGCUAAAAAAAAUGGAACUCCAUUUAUUGUUGCUGGUACUGGUAAACCACUUCGUCAAUUUAUUUAUUCACGAGAUCUUGCGAAAUUAAUUAUUUGGGCAUUAAGAGAAUAUGAUGAAAUUGAACCAGUCAUUUUGUCAGUUUCUGAAAAAGAUGAGGUUUCCAUCAAAGAUGUUGCUGAUUCCAUUGUUAAAGCUUUAAAUUUUGAAGGGGAUUAUACUUUUGAUACCACUAAAGCAGAUGGUCAAUAUAAGAAAACUGCGAGUAAUGAAAAAUUACUUAAAUAUCUUCCAGAUUUUAAAUUUACUCCAUUUGAAAUUGCUAUAAAAGAAUCAGCUGAUUGGUUUAUUGAAAAUUAUGAUAAUGCUCGAACAGGAAAUGGCAAGGCUUAA